AUGUAUGACGAAGAACUUGUGGUGCCUAUCAUCGAGAACACGCUGUUUGAGAAGGAUCUGGAAGAAUCGAUGGCGAACGCGUUACGCCAUAAUAUUGGAAUAUACGUUUGCUGUACGGCUUCCAUCUACAAGUGUGAAAUGCAGCAGUUCGCGGAGAGAAUAAUUUGUGCCAGCUGCGAGUAUGGCCCCAAUAUAAAUAUUUCAUACAGUUCCAUGAACGUUAUCGGGGGACCGAGUAAUUUUCCAUUAUCCAAUACUGAUCAAUUGGAUUCUUAUUUGCUGAACUUAUACGGCGACUGGAACAUGCUGGCGCCGUCGUACGCGCCUGAGUUUGGGCUGGACAAUAUUCCAGCCGUCGAUAACCCGCCGAUCGACGCAUUCAUGGUAGUUAGCUUCGAAGAGUUUGUGUACCCAUCGGGAAUUGAAGUGUACGAAACCAUGAACCCUGGUGGCGUCUGUCGCAUCUGGGCGUUCACGGAAUCCCAUGAGUGGGUGCUUCUAUGGGAUAAACGAGUAGACGCAGUUUGCGAUGACGAACGCAAUGCUGGUCUGAGUGAAGCUCGCAUCUUCGUGCCGGUCAUAAGAAUCAUCAACCACCGAACGAGGGUGAUACGUUUGGAGUUUAACACGCGCCAUUUAAACUACAUAUACGCGAUGGAUGCUAUCAUGCUUAAGAGCGAUAUAAAAGAUCCCCGCAAGUUUCCUCGGCAGGCACUUGAGGAACCGCUGCAGCAAGGACCGUCUAUCGCCAUCUUGCCUUACGAAAUGCUUUACAAAAUUGUUACCUAUCUCGACUUAAAGUCGCUACGUAGCUUGGAGCAGGUGUCUGGUUCAUUUCGUAACGUUGUGCGUGACCCACGACUGUACAAGGAGGUUAACUUGCGUCCGUACUGGAUGGACGUGGAUUCAAAGCUACUCAAUUGGCUGAAAGAUCGCUGUUUUAAUAUACGGAAGCUCGAUCUGUCGUGGUGCGGAUUGUUCCAAAUGUUUAAGAAACCGGAGCUGCAGAGCUUCCUGUUGGAUCACGGUCGCUCGUUGACGCAUCUGCGUCUGAAUUCAAUUGGAUUUAGUGAUCCUACGCAUUUUGGGAUAUCCUAUUAUACGAAUCUUACUGAACUGUGCCUGCAGAAUGCACACGUAACAGAUGUACUAAAUUUAGACAUUGAGCUUACCAAAUUGACCAGACUGGACUUAUCGUUCGCAUUCAUCGCUCCCAGCUCGCUGAAUAGCUUACUGUGUCGGAAUCAGGGACUGCAGCAUCUGAACCUUUCCUGCUGCUUGCUCGACUCGUUCCGAUUAACGCAAACCAUUGGUCAAUUCAAUCGACAACUGAUUAGCUUGAACUUGUAUAAAACACGCGUAUGUCGCGAGGAGGAUCUGAUACCGUUGACAAACUGUACCAAACUGCAGGAACUUAACCUGGGUUACGCCAACAACGAGUGUGUACAGGAAAGUGAGCUUAGCCGUCUGAUCGAAGCGUGUCAGGAUUUGCGGAAACUGGUGCUAGCUGGCUUUCGUGUUGUUCAUAACAAUAAUAUCUUCGCGAUUGCGCAGCAUUGCCGCGCACUUGAAUAUCUCGACCUGAUGGGCUGCAUUACGGCAACCGGUGAGUCUAUAAAUGCCAUUUUCAUCGGAUGUUCCUCUUUACGGUUUCUAGACAUCAAUCACUGUUGGAACAUAACGGACGAAUGGAUUACCGACUGGAAAGGACGUUAUCCGAACGUUGCCAUCCAGUACUUUAAUUUCUAA